AUGCCGUCGGAAAACUACACUCUCACUAUUCUCGGUUGCGGUACAAUGGGGACAGCUGUGCUGGCUGCCAUGCUCCAAACCAGAUUUGAACCUUACCCGGACAAAAUUAUCUGCUGCACGAACUCUGAGAAGUCUGCCCUGAAACUGAAAGAAACCUAUGGGGACAAGAUUGAGGUGUCCUUUGGCGCUGCAAACAACGCCAAGGCCGUCGGGGAAGCCGAGAUCCUUAUGCUGGGAUGUAAACCUUUCCUUUGUCAACAGGUUUACGAUCAAGUUAAAUUCCAUCUGCCUGGAGACCAGCUUGUCAUUUCUUUGCUCGCUGGCUGGUCAAUCGAUCAAUUGAGAAUCUGGUCACCCAAAGCGGGCAAAAUUGCUCGCGUCAUGACAAACACUCCGGCAAAGUUUGGCUGUGGCCUGGCCGUGGUGUCGUUUUCCGACGAGUGUCUUCCUCACGAGGACUUCGUGAUGAAGAUUAUCGGCGGAGUUGGAACGGCCAUCAAGCUUCCAGAAAAAAACCAAGACGCUGCCACUGCAUUAGUUGGGUCCGGUGUGGCUUUUUCGCUGCUAUUCAUGGAAGCCCUGACGGAAGGAGGAAUUAGAAUGGGUAUUCCGGCUGCCAUUGCCCAGGAAUGUGCUGCUAAGGUGAUGGAAGGCACUGCAAAGAUGGUCAAAGAAACUGGCGCCCAUCCGGGGGCCUUGAAACUCGCUGCUUGUACCCCUGGUGGUUGUACUAUUGGCGGUCUUCUGGUGAUGGAAGAUAAGGGAGUCAGAAGCGGUGUGAGUCGUGCCGUCGAGGAGGCUACCAACAUCGCCUCUCAAUUGGGUAAGAAAUAA